GUGGUCUCUGAUAGGAGGAGGGUGGAUGCAGACAGACAGGCAGCAUGCUGUUAAGUUUCCAAACUGCCAAGCAAACAAAAGUGAUUUGCCAAAGCAGGAAGCAGGGAAAUAACCUUGGGAGAAGAAAAAAAAAAACGCAGUGGACUGUUUCUGUCUGUCUGGGACCAGAUCACAGCAUUUUUUCUCAGAUUAUAAUUAAAGCUGUUUGAACUCAUGCGUAAAGCAGCUUUUUUUUUUUUUAUUAUAGGCUUUUUUUUUUGCGCAUUGAUUGGACACACUUGCUCUCAGGUGCGCAGUCCAAGUGGAGCACGCGGUGUUUUGGAGUUUCUUCUUCAUUGAUUAAUCUGAUUUAUUGUGUCAGAGCACAAAGCCUUGUCGGCUCCAUCUAGAGCGCCCGCCCAUUGGGGCUUUCUCUGCGGAGCGAUAGUGGAGAGAUUGAUUAUAGUCUCCGGGAUUUGCCGGUAGAGGAGGAAAGGAAAGGAAAGGAGAGAGAAAGCCUGCUUCUGCUGCUUUGGACUGCGAUUCCCCCCAUCAGUGAAGACAAUUAUAGCAAAAGGACAUCUCGACUCCGGCAGCACCCUCGGAUCUCCCUUGUAUACACUGACUGUCUGUGUGAUCGGGUUUGUCCAAAAUACGCGCAAGGACUUUUUUUUUUUGGUGUCUUUCACCAAAGGAUCGCCUCCGCAGUCUCUGGAUGCGUAGUAAACGAGGUGUGGGUUGGGUCGCCUAGGCGCCUGGCUGAUACAUAGACGCACACGUCGUCAGCGAUAGAAAAGCGAGAUAGGUGAGAGAAAAGGAAAAGCAGCGACACCCGAGGCUUUAUUAUAAUCAGGAGGACACCGGAGAGGUGAGUCGGACAAAACCGGACUGUGGAUUUGACUCUCAAGACAAGACAAGACGCGGAUUUCGUAGAUCUCCUUUCAGAUUUCAAGCACCAAGCGGUUAACAAACCUGACCAGACAUCCUCAUCAUCAUCAUCUGAAGGGGAAUAUUACAAGUGGAUCUGCGAGGCAACACACACACACACACAAUGGCAACCGGUGCGCUCCUUCUUCUUGCCUGUGCGCUACUUGCCGGUGUUGCCGUGGCUCAGAGAGUGGUAACGCUGCAAAGUGGACCGCUGAUACGGACUGAGGGCUCUCACGUGACCAUCUUGUGCAACGUGACGGGCUACAAAGAUGGGGUUGAGCAGGACUUUGAGUGGUCCAUGUACCUGCCGUCGGUGCCGGACAGGGAGAUCCGCAUCGUGAGCACGGCUCAGUCAAACUAUGCCUACGCCGUGUACUCCCAGAGGGUCAACAGUAAAGAGAUCUACGUGGAGAGGCUGAGCGGCGACUCGGCGGUGCUCCACAUCACCAAAGUGCAGGCCAGGGACCAGGGUCUCUUUGAGUGUUACACACCCAAUACAGACGGGAAAUACCUGGGAUCCUACAGCGCACGCACCAACCUCACAGUCAUCGCUGACUCGUUGACGGUGACAGCUCCAGCCCAGACUCUGUCCAAGGUGGAAGGCGACACGCUACAGCUCACCUGCGAGGUGUCUCGGACCACCCUCCAGCACACUCACUUGUCUGUGGGCUGGUACCUGCGCUCCCCAGAGGACGCGGCCGCAGCGCCUCAGGAGCUGGUCACCUUGUCGAGGGACUUUGUCCUGCGCUCCGGGGGACCGUACCGGCAGAGGAUGGCGGCGGGGGACCUCAGGCUGGAUAAAACCAGCGCCACGUCCUACAGGCUGACCAUUCACAAGCUGCAGCCGGUGGACCAGGGCCUGCUGUACUGCCAGGCUGCCGAGUGGAUUCAGGACACAGACGGCAGCUGGUUCGCCAUGACCCGCAAGCAGAGCGACAAGACUCAGCUCCGCAUUCAGCCCACUGAUCGGGACUUCAGCAUCCAGGUGAGCACAGAGCGACGGUCCUUCACGGCCGGUGAGCCGCUGGAGCUUCGCUGCACCAUCGAGGCCCAGAACGUCCCAGAGCGCUUCUUCUCGGUGUCGUGGGUCUUCAGCAGCUCACCGGUGGCCGUGGUGGGCCCCAGUGCCGUGCCUGUCCUGGGCCCCGAUUACGUAACCCGGGAGGCGGCCGGGCACAUGACUGUGCGCAAAGAGAGCACCAACGUGCACUUGCUCAAGCUGCAGCACCUGCGCCCCGAAGACGCCGGGAAAUACAUCUGCCGCGUGACGGAGCGGGAGAAGACGCCCACGGGUGACUUCAUCGACCGCAGCAAGAGGUCCCGCAAUGUCCAGAUCACAGUCCAGCCGCUCAAGAGCAACAUCACCGUGUCAUUGUCCAGCAACUCUUCGGAGGUCCUUGAGGGAGAUGUGAUCCAGUUGACGUGCGCGGUCCACUCCACCACGGGCCCCCUGUCUGUCGCCUGGCAGUGGAUAGACAAGGAGGCGACCGAACCGGCCCUGGAGGUGGCCUCCGUCGAUCGGGAAGGCGCCGUAUGGCACAGCCCGUCCUACAGAGAGCGCUCCAGCUAUGGGGAGAUCCGCGUGGAGAAGGUGCGGGCCGACACGUUCUCUCUGUCCCUGUAUAACGCCUUACCUGGGGAUGAGGGCCAGUACCGCUGCACAGCCACCGAGUGGCUUCAGACCGGCACUGAACCAGAGCUGAACUGGGAGAAGAUAGGAGAGAAGUCAGCUACCAAGACAGUCACUGUCAAGACUGUUGAGUCCUCCUUCAUGGUGUCGGCCUCGUCGCGGACGCCGUCCGUCACCUUCGGAGACUCCUUUGACCUCCUGUGCCUGGUGAAGCCUCGCCACAACCCCCGCGUGCCCACCUCCGUCACCUGGCGCUUCAUGCCGGCCAGCGCAGAAGUCAGCGACGAUGAUCAGGGCGAGUUCAAGGACCUGGUGACUUUCACCCGCGAGGGCACGCUGCAGUGGGGCGAGCAGCUGCUGGGGCUGGGCACCCGCACCACCGUGGACCGCUCCCACUCCAACACCAACUUCCGGUUGUCGGUGACCCGGGCGGGGCGCCGCGAGGCGGGCAAGUACCAGUGCACCGCCGUCCUGUGGAGGAGGAACUACGACAACAGCUGGAGCAGAGUGGCCAACCGCACUUCAAACCUGCUUGGCAUCAGCGUCCUACAGCCAGAGAGCAAGCUGCGAGUGCAAAAGACCAACCAGUCUCAGGUGCACCUGGAGGAUAGUCGCGUCAGGAUCAAUUGCUCCAUCAGCUCCCAGACCAGCCAGGACUCGCAGCACGCCGUGCUGUGGUACGUGAGGCGCGCCACCGGGUCAGAAGCCGACGAGCUCCUGCUGAGAAUCGAACGCUCGGGGGCCUUCGAGUACGGCGCCUACGCGGACGAGGAGAGACUGCGACGGCGAGUGCAGGCCGAGAGGCUGUCGCCCCGUCUCUACGCGCUGACGCUGAACAGGGCGGAGAACAGCGACUCCGGGACAUACUACUGCCUGGUGGAAGAGUGGCUGAGUGAUCCAGAUGGAGCCUGGUAUCGACUCUCCAGGGAGUCCUCGGGGUUCACGCAGGUUCUGGUCAGACAGCCAGAGAUCCGACUGCAGGUGGAGGAAUCGGAGUCAAACGUGACGGUGGAAGAGUCCGCCUCCAUCCGACUGGGCUGUAGCAUUCCCUCCCAGUCGUCCCGAGACUCCCGCUUCUCCGUGUCCUGGUACGUGGAGCGCUCUGACGACGACGAGGACGACGAGGAACAGCCGGGCGAGGGAGACAGGGAGUGCGUGUUCUCCAUCGGCCAUGACGCCGUUUUCGGAAACGGAAACUGCAGCCCCAGAGAGGAGCCGGGGCCUAACUCCCGCCUGCAGUUUGAGAGGAUGACCUCUGACCAGUACAGCCUGACCAUCCAGGGAGCACGGCCGACAGACGUGGGCCGAUACUACUGCCACGUAGAGGAGUGGCUGCUGAACCCCCGCAAUGCCUGGUACCGCUUGGCUACCAACAACUCCGGGUUCACUAUCGUCAACGUAAUGCAGCAAGUGUCCACCGUCCAGUCAGUGGUGUGCUCCAAGUCCUCCCUCUUCUACUUCGUCUUCUUCUACCCCUUCCCCAUCUUCGGCAUCCUCCUCAUCGCCGUGCUGAUGGUGCGCUACAAGAGCCGCAGCAACAGCAAGAGCCAAGAGGGCAAGAACGGAGCCCCUCUCCUGUGGAUUAAAGAACCUCACCUCAGUUACUCUCCCACCUGUCUGGACCCACCUGCGCUCAGCCUGCACCCCGGCUCUGUCGACUAAGUGAGCCCCUCCCCCCCUCCCCCUGCCUCGCGCACAUCGAGGAUCCAGCCAACACAAUGCCAGGGAGCAGAUCUGGACUCCACCUUCAGACCUUACUGUCGUUCACUGCUGUGUUGAAUUAGUUGAUCAGUUUAAAAAACCCUACCCUGGUGGCUGCCUGUUUUACGUUAACUGUGUGUUUGUGUUUGUGUGUGUGUGUGUGUGUGUGCGUGUGUGUGUGUGUGUGUGUGUGUGAGUAUGGGUGUGCCAUGUUAGCACGAUUAAUUGUGCGAGUGCGAAUUGAAGGACAAGAGAGCAUCACGAGCCUCUCUCAUUUUUUUUUUCAUUUUUUUUUCUGUGAAACUCAUAGCUGCAUUUUUUUUUUUUUUUUUUUUGUUACUCUGAAUAUUUGUCUAUUUUUCAAGAGAGAUAGAAAAAAGAAACUGCGCACAUGAGAUCAUCGGCCUUUCCUGGGAAGGACAUUUUAAGAGAAGGAACUCUAUAAUCGACUCCGGCACUGAGUGGAUGCCAAAAAAAAGUCUCUGCACUGAUCCAAGAGCAGCCACAGCCUGGCCCACUAUGUUGGUUGCCAUAGUGAUUCUCUGCGCCCACUGACUCAGUUCGUAGCUGCUGACUUGGUUGCCAGCCUGCAUAGAGACAAAGGCAAGGACACACAAGUCUGUGUCCUAAGUGAGGAUGUAUGUGUGUUGGCCCACCUGCCUCCACAAUGAAUUUGCCUUGGCAGACAGAAACAGGUCCUCUCGCGCCACUUAAACACUGCCAGACACUCUGGCCUCAGCGAGAGGCUGCUCCGCUCUCCUCCUCUAUCCUCCCAACAAGAGAACGAGAGGGAGGAACGUCGGAAAGGACCGGGAGUGAAUGAACAGCGCUCUCCUGCUGAGGAUAUACAUACUUUGACAUAAGAGAUUUUUUUUUUGCAGUGCCAAGACGUCCUUAUUUCCAACGCUGUUCUCUGCAGCUACUGUUUGAAGUUUUAAAGAGAGUCGGAUUGUUUUUAUUGAAGCAGAUUGUAAGAUGUGUCUGCUUGCCUCCUGCUGUGGGUUUAUGGGCCUUGUGGGCAAAAAGGGCGAUUUUUUACACUCAUGUUAAAACAGUUGAAUUGACUGAAAUUAAAUUCUUGCACAUUUCUUUAAGUCGCCCAUUUUGACCACUCCGUCCAGUCUUCAAAAGAUGCGUAUUUGUUUUAAAAAAGACUUUUGACUGGUUAAGAGCCACACUGAAGAUGUGUAGUAAAACACUUAAAAAUGUUAUCUGCACAUUAUAAGAAGACAAAUUGCUGGCCGGGGGGCAAAUGUUUGACUUUUGUGUUUAUUUUAAAGAUUUUUCUAUUUAUUGUUUUUUGUACUACUUGCAUAGCUUUGUAAGAUUUUUUCUUUUUUGCUUUGAAAUUCUCUAAGAACUGUGCUGCUUGUGUUGCCAGGCAACUGCACCAAGCAGAUUAUGUCAAUAGCCUGUGUGUUGGCAAUGUGGUAGAUGUAGAAAUGCUAGAUUCGUCCUGCGCAUUGCAGUCUUGUAGCAUUUCAUACCAGAUUGUCAAGUUUGGUUCAGUGUCAAAACACUGUAUAUCUAUAGCUAUACUGAAACCGUGGCUUUACAUGUACAAUAGUUGAACAGACGAGUCACACAAAUGAAUUCACUUAAUGCUUUUUGCUCGAGUCGCGUUUAUUUAGUGAAAAUGUGAUGUAACACCUAGGUAGGACGUUUGAUCAAAGACGGCUGAAGCCGAACUGUUGCAGGCGUCUUCUAAUCAUGGAUUCUAGCUGGAGGCGUCGUCCUCGGCUCCCCUGAUGCAAGGCAGGAGGGUUGCAAACGUGCGUCACCUUCCCUGGAAGUGCAACAGCCAGGAGAGGUACCCAACCUGGGCCUAACCCUUUCACUGCCAGACUGGACACAUGAAAACUCUCGAAAAACUUGUUGUCUCAAUCGUGUCAACAUGUAUAUUGCAUGACAAUACUGCAGGAGGAAUUUCGAUGUUUUGUAAACUUUGAACUCUUUGAGCAUUGUGUUUGUGUGACAGAGCAGUGCCCAACCCCCCCACCACACCCCACUCUACCGACUUCCUGAGCCAAGAGUCAACACAAAGCCCCGGUCCCUCGCCAUCUACAAUAUUUGACUGCCAAAUAUUCCAGAUGCCCUUUGAAACCUGUGAAGUAAUCUAUUUCAAGAAUGGGUGUUGUGGAGAUUGUGUUUGAUAUUAUUGCUCAUAUUUGUCUUUUUAAUGCUUUGCUUUUAUGCAGCACUUCAUUAAACAGAUUUAUGUCCAAAAAAAA